AGCAUUCUCUCCUCCACUAUCCCACAAUUCUAAUGUUUACGGCUAGUCGGUGAAAGAUGGCGGACAGCAGCGGCAGUAAUCCUCAAUCACCCGGUUUCACGGAGAAAUUAAAAUCGUGGCUCUGCUGGUCGUGGACUUACAUAUGUACGCUUUGGUUCGCCAUGGUCUUAACGAUGGUUUAUGUGCUGAGGAGCCCACUGAAGCUGCAGGAGACCGUCAACGCAGCAUCUGUGUUUUUAAACACUCUUACGCCGAAAUUCUAUGUUGCGUUGACUGGAACCUCCUCACUCAUCUCGGGCCUCAUAUUGAUAUUUGAGUGGUGGUACUUCAGAAAGUAUGGCACGUCCUUCAUCGAGCAGGUGUCUGUCAGUCACUUGCGCCCCUUACUGGGAGGAGUGGAGAACAGCAGCUCUGCAGGCCUCUUCUCCUCAGUAAACGGCGAUACCGAGCCGAGAACCAACGUUGCAGAAUGUAAAGUGUGGAGAAACCCACUGAACCUAUUCAGAGGUGCCGAGUACAGCAGGUACACUUGGGUGACAGGAAAAGAGCCCCUGACAUACUACGACAUGAAUUUAUCAGCACAAGAUCAUCAGACCUUCUUCUUGGGAGACACUCAGCAACUUAGACCAGAGGACUCUGUAAUGCAAAAGGCCUGGAGGGAGAGGAACCCACAGGCACGUAUUCGAGCAGCUUACCAGGCAAUUGAGCUGAACCGCGAAUGUGCUGCAGCAUAUGUGCUUCUGGCCGAGGAGGAAGCCACAACCAUCACAGAGGCUGAACGGCUUUUCAAACAAGCGCUUAAAAAUGCCGGCAAAGACACCAAUCUUGUGGUCUACAUCAAGCGCAGACUGGCCAUGUGUUGUUUUGUGUCGUUGCAGUAUUUAUUAGAGAUGAAGAGUCUGAUUUUGCCACCUGAGCAUAUUUUGAAGAGGGGUGACAGUGAGGCAGUGGCAUACGCUUUCUUUCACCUGCAGCACUGGAAACGGGCAGAGGGGGCGCUCAACCUGCUACACUGCACAUGGGAAGGCACUUUCCGGAUUAUUCCAUAUCCCCUGGAAAAGGGUCAUCUCUUCUAUCCUUACCCAGGAUGCACAGAAACCGCAGACAGAGAGCUUCUGCCUUCAUUUCACGAGGUCUCAGUGUACCCGAAGAAGGAGCUUCCUUUCUUCAUCCUCUUCACAGCGGGCCUGUGCUCGUUCUGUGCCAUGUUGGCCAUGCUCACACACCAGUUUCCAGAGCUUAUGGGGGUCUUUGUCAAAGCCUUCUUCAGCACCCUCUUUGCACCACUGGGCUUUUUUGCAGACAAGAUGGAGAGUUUUAUGCCCUCCUGCCUGUGGCAUCAACUUGCAAACAUCUGACGUACACACACAACUCACACAUACUUGAACUUGAAAACACUACUGUACUUGUAACAUGUAAGGUGCCCGUUAGCCGCCUGUACUGACAAUAAAAAUG